GAAGUAAUAUCUGAGUGUAAAAACCUUGGUAAAAUUCUCAAAAUGGUUUGUCUUCCUGUAUGGAUUUAGGUGUACUGUCGUUAAGAAAAAAAAUGGUAGCGGAAACAGUGACAAACUUAACGGAUGUGUUUAAAUUUAUUUACUAAUAUUUCAUGUAUUCGCUGAAGUCGCACGUAUUUUACUAAUAUCUCGUAUGUUUUAUUGAUAUCUAUUUUUGCGAGAUAUCAGGCAUCCCUCGAGAAAAUGAGCUGAAAAAUAAUUAAUAUUCAUUUUUAAAGUAGAUCAUUUUACCUAUUUUAAAGUCAAAUGUUGGCUGGAUUGUUGCUCGUUACAAAUGGUCCACAGUGUUUUAUUGUAUGAUCGUCCCAAGCACUAUUGGUUUUAAUGACCACAUUUUGAGUAGGCGAACAUCAACGUUGUGUAAUUAUAUCAAAUCGGUCCAUAUUGCGAUUCCUCAUGAACUUUCAACAGAAGUUCUGCAUCUGUUUCCCGAUCUUUAUCAAGCAUGAACACAUCCGUUAAGUUUGUCAUUGUUUCCGCUACCAUUUUUUUUCUUAACGACAGUACACCUAAAUCCAUACAGGAAGACAAACCAUUUUGAGAAUUUUACCAAGGUUUUUACACUCAGAUAUUACUUCAAUCCUAAAAUCUUCUGAGUCUGAUCUUGAUCCUUGCAUUCGUCUCUUCACUGCCUCUUCUAUGACGCUUAUAUCUCUUGAACAAACCAAGAGUCUGUUACACGUGCAUAAUUCAAGAGAAUAUAUUGACGUUAUGCCCACAACAGAAUAGUUGUACAUGGAUGAGAGAACACUCCACCGUAGAAAAGCGUCUUUUGAACAAAAAUUCGAUUCGAUUCUUUUUCAUGAAUGACUAGUCUGAAGUGUGUCCUCUUUGAACACUUUGUGGUACUUUAAACUCCUUUAUGUGAAAUAUCAGAUUUUUUGUCACGAUAUUUUUAGAACUUCUCACUGAUUAUCGGAAAUGUAGAAAGUGUGGAGAGAAGCAAUAUAGAAAAGACAAAUAUUAAAGAAACUGUGAUCAUUUUAAACAGCAAAACGAAAAUAAAUUAUUUUUUGAGUUCCACAACUCACUAUUCUAAAUGGUUUUGACAAAAACAUUUGCUUUAUAACGGGUGGCCCAGAAAUAAUGACGCACUUUUGUUCUCUUUUCUUCCGAGUACAAAGGUUCGAAGAUCCCAUUCUUAACGCAUUCGAUAGAAAAUUUUCUGUUCUACAAAAUCCAUGACCUUCUUUCAUUACAUAUUAUUGCAUUAUUUUAAAAAAUAGUACAGAUUACUGACAGGUAAAAGUAUAACUGCGACGGAAGAAACAGAUUAUAAUUAUUAUUGUAGUUGACUUAAUUGAUUAUUUAAUAAUACUUCUGAUAGCUAUUCAUCACAGGUAUUUUGUGUAAAGAAUUCGUCUUCAUUUAAUUAAUCCGCAUUCAAAAAUAAAAUUUUUCCUAACAUUUUGCCACUAAGAACGAAUGAUCCUGCAAUUAUGGGGUUAUUUAUGUAUCUAUUUUUAUCUAUAUUCUGUGUGGUUCCGAGAUGUCAUUCUGGCUUCAAAAAAUAGAAAAUUUUCUGCUCUACAAAAUCCUAUAACGCACUGAGUGUAAAAAGUACGCACUGCGUUGCGUUAUUUUCAAGAGGUAUUUUAUGUAAGACGGUAUAAAAAAAUAGUGGAGGAAUAAGACACGGAUAUAGUACUAAAACGUAUGGUAUAAGCAGGAUUUUUUUUAUAAUGUGUGACGAAAGUGGAAAAGUUUCGAUGAAUAACAAAAUCCUACUGUAGCUGUAGUCAUGAAGACAUGUGUCAAGAAGAGUCGGAUUUGACAAUGGUGGGAUAUCAACUUAUUGCGUUUUGUUGUGAUACUGUAAAAAUAAAAUAUGGAGAAUCUGAGUUUAUCUGAACUUGAGAAUGUUCAAUAUCAAAUUUUGUGAUCAUUUUCAGCUAUUAGUUGAUCGAGAAAGUUUUCAGAAUGUUUUGUUUGAGAUAUCUGUGCUAAAAAUGAAAAGUUUUCUCUGCUAUAUUUUAUUUUCACCCCAUCUCAUUCAAUCUAUCACUGUUAAAUGCGAUUAUUAUAAUACUGUUCGCAAAGAAAUAGAACUUCAACGUGCAUUUUGAUUGAAAAUCUCAAGAGCAACGUUUGAGAUGUGAACGAAAGUGCAUCAUUUUUUUCGUCAAAAUUUUAACAGCUAUUUUUAAGCAAUGUUUUCUGCAAUGUAUUAGUCAUACUUUUGUUCAAUAAGAAUAAUCUUAUUAUCCUCUAUGAUUCUCUCUUAUUUUCUUUAAAUCCGUACUAUUGGUCGAGUGAAUCAUCUCUAUUUCGUACAGUUCUCUCUCUUUUCUAUUCUUAUCAAAGCGCUUUGCCUAAAGUCGGUGAACGAGAAAAAAAAAUUGAAUAUUUUUCAAGUAAUUUUUUCUUUUCUGUAUCGCGUGCACGCUAUGUUAUAUUAAUACUAAUUGACCGUCUUUUCUGUGUUUUGCUUCUUUUCAUCAACGGAAACAGUUUAUUUGAAGAGUUCGAAUACGAUGUUAUUCAUAUCUAGGUCAAAGUUCUUAUCUUUGUUUUCGUAAAUAAGAUUUAUAAUCGGCUUAGAAAUGAACAGUUUUUCAAUCAGGGAUAACAGAUCCAACGCAAGAAAAUCAGAAAAAGAAGUUCAAAAUGAGAAAAUCAAUAGACUUUUGAACAAAAAAAGGAGCAGAAACAAGAUAGAAAAAAUUCUAAAUUUUCUUCCAAAAUUAGAAGAUUAGGGGUUCUAGUUGUAUAAAAACUGUAUAAAAACCAUUUAUUAUUUUCAUUGAUCUAUGUUCAUUUCAGUAAUCGAAACUGGUAUGUAGUAUAUUUUGAUUCUCGAAUGCUAUUAAUUCAAAGAGUGGGUUGCUUGACAUUCAUCACUUUGGUUUUAAUUAAUCAGUUCGCUGUAUCGAAUAUCUAAAGAAAUUUUUGCUUUUCGAAUUGUUUAUAAACUUGAAAAAUACGUUCUUAUACUGUGUUCUAAGUUAAUAAUCACAUAAUAUGUGCUAUAUUUUAGAUGCAUUUGUUUUAUUCUUAUUUUUAUAUAUAUUUUUCAUUUUUAUUAAUCUAUUCGAUUCAAUGUUCUUCUUUCAAUGAUCAUUUACAAUUACCUCAAAUUACCACUUUAUUAGUUUAUGACAAACAUUUAGAAACUCCAAUUGAAUUUGAUUUAAAAAAUGGAUGGAAUAUUCGCGAUAUGCGUAAACUAAUAUUUAUUAUUGAUGGACAUAAUUUAAAUUCAACAAAAAUUAGUUUGUCAUCCUCAGUUGAUGAAUGUGAAACAAAUGAAUUCGUUUCAUCAAUAUACAAUUUAAUAACAACAGCAUCUCAUACAGCCAUUAGUCUUAAUGUUGAAUUACCACCACCACCAAAAGUUCGAUCAAUGGUACAUUUAUGUUUUAGUCAUAUGAAUAAUAGUAAUAAUAAUAAUAGCAAUAGUAGUAUGUGGAAUUCAAAACAGUUAUCAUCACCAUUUUUUACAUUCAUUCGAGAAAAAGAAGUAAUUCCAUUUGCAGCCAAAAUAUGUCUUAUUUUAUUAUUAUUUUGUGUGUCCGGAUUCUUCAGUGGACUUAAUCUGGGCUUGAUGUCACUUAGUGUUAACGAGUGUCAAUUAUUAAUGCAUAGUGAUGAUGCAAAUCUGAGAUAUUAUGCUAGACGUGUGUUACCAUUACGAAAACGUGGCAAUUUUCUUCUAUGCAGUAUUGUUAUAGCCAAUGUCCUUGUAAACUCAUUAGGAACGGUAUUCUUAGACUCAUUGGUGCAUGGAUUAUUAGCAGUCAUUGGUUCAACAGUUAUGAUUGUUCUUAUGGGUGAAAUUAUACCACAAGCAAUAUGUUCUCGUUAUGGAUUAAGUAAAUAUUUGUUGAAAAAUCAUUUUCUUUCGUCAAUUCAUUUAAUAAAGUUCUUUUUAGUUAUUGGUGCUCAUACGCAUAUGAUAACAUGGGCUGCCAUGAUCAUUACGGGUAUCAUAUCAUUUCCGUUAGGUUUAAUAUUAGACAAGAUACUUGGACAAGAAGUGACAGCAUCCUAUACAAGAGAACAAAUUGCCGGUUUACUAAAACGAAUUAGUGCUGAUAUUGAAAAACCCGAGCUUGACAUAAUAACAGGUUAG